AUGCCUGCUGGAAGAGCUCUGAGCCGGGAACAGGGGACCUGGGCAUCUCCUGGCUCUGCCGUUGAUCUGCUGUUUGGCCUGGACUCCUUCCUCAUGUAUCUCUGGGGAGACUCACAGAGCCCUAGAGCUGGGAGAAAACUUGGCAAUCUGCAGGUCAAGCCUUCCCCUCGGGCUGCUGAGAAAACACUGACAGGUGGGCUUAACGUGGUGUCUGUGCUGUGUUGGGACCCAGGAUGCUUUACAAACCCGAGUGGGGAAAUGGGCCUGCUAAUGUGUGUGCCUGCCCUGCACGUGAGCCAGAACAAGACACCCAACAAAGCUUCCGACCAGAAAACAUUCAGCCUUGCGCAGGAGAGGGGCUCUGGCUAUGGAGGUUGUCAGGACUCCAGACUGCAGGAGGAGCAUGGAGUCGGUGUCGUUACGGGAGACCUGUGUUCCAGCCUGGCUUCACCACCUGCCCUGUGCUCCAAGGCUGAGCCUCUCUGGGCCUCUGCUUCUCAAUCUGAGAAACGGGAGGACCUGAUUUUCAGUCUGACCCACAGGUCAGGAGUGAGGUUCAAGUGA